AUGGAGAGCACGGGGCUCACUGCCAACGAGGAGAACCGCAUCUACGGCGGCUCGGAGGCCAACAUCGACGACUACCCGUACGCCACGAGUCUGCGCUUCGAGCAGGUGGACACGACUUUCUGCGGCGGCACGCUGAUCGCCCCGCAGUACAUUCUGACUGCCGGCCACUGCAUCAAGACCCAGGAAGACACUAUCAUCGCCCACCUCGGGACGGAGAUGGGGACGGGCUCCGGUUCCGGCAAGAGUGAGGCGAUCAAGGUCAUCGAAGGCUACCAGCACCCUCUGUACAACCAGAAGAAGCACCUCUACGACGUUGGCCUGCUGAAGCUGGAGAAGCCCUCGAAGCAGAAGACGGCCAAGCUCUGCGCGGCGGACGGCUCGGACAACGCGGUCGGCACGGAGGUGACGGUGCUCGGAUGGGGGCUGACCGAGGAUGGCUCGGAAAGCCCCACCCUGCAGGAGGUGAACGUUGCCGUCAUCUCGAACGCUGAGUGUAACAAGCAGUACGACAACCGAAUCACGGAGGGAAUGAUGUGCGCCGGCAACGGCGGCGGCAAGGAUUCGUGCAACGGAGACUCGGGCGGCCCUCUGGUUACCAGCGACGACACUUUGAUUGGGUUCGUCAGCUGGGGAGGCAAGUGCGGCGUCCACGCCGGCGUGUACACUCGUCUUACGUUCGUCAUGGACUACAUU